CGUAUUGGCCUCAUCGCUCAGCACGGGAUGUUGCCCCUUGGUUCAGACUCACAGUGGGAGAACUGGCUCAGACCGGACGUCAGCAGGUAGGCAGUGACGUCAGCGCUCGGACAGGUAGAUCAGGGUGUGGCCUUCACGGUGCUUCAAGUAUUGUCCGACAUUUAAGAAGCACCGGCAGAGCGGCAGUGUGUUGAAGGAGAAGUGAGCCUCUGAUCGUCGACAGGACAUCAUGGAUUUAACUCGGUGCUUGUGGCUCGUGUCAAUGUUCUGCUGCUGCUGCGUCUCUGUCACCUCAGCUAAGAUCAAGGAUCGGGGGUUCCUCGCGUUUGAGGUCCCUCACAACCCUGGACAAGAUGUUGUGGGCAACGCGACGUUGAAGAAAGGGACCAAUGAACAGGAAUUUGUUGUGGGCAACGCGACAGCAGAGACGUUGAAGAGUAACCUCACCACAGUCUUUCUCCCAAUCAUCUACAUCAUCGUAUUUAUUGUGGGACUUCCUGCCAACGGCAUGGCACUCUGGGUCUUCCUCUUCAGGACCAAAAAGAAGCGGCCGUCAUCAAUCUACUUGGCCAACCUGGCACUGGCUGACCUGCUCUUUGUCAUUUGGACGCCCCUAAAAAUCGCCUACCACUUAAACGGCAACAACUGGAUCUAUGGAGAGCCACUGUGCAAAGUCCUUGUGAGCUUCUUCUACGGGAACAUGUACUGCUCCAUUCUGUCCAUCACCUGUCUCAGUGUGCAGAGGUACUGGGUCGUGGCUCACCCUCUGUCCCAGCAGAGCAAGAACACCAAAGUGGCUGUUGGCAUGUGUGUCUCCAUCUGGGCUUUCAUCUGGCUCACCACCACCCCUCUGUACCUGUAUGACCACACUGCCAGGCUCAAAGACCCGAACAUCACCACCUGCCAUGACGUCAACAUCAUAAAAAACCUCACAGAUCCAUUCCCCUCUGUCCGGCUCCCGUACUACUACUUCAACUUCAUGGCCAUCGUUGUGUUCCUCAUCCCUUGUGUAGUGAUCGUUGUGGCCUAUAUUCUGUUACUCAGAGCUCUGGGGAACAGCAUGCAGGAAAGUACGGCAGCAAAGAACCGACACAGAUCCAGGCUGUUGAUCGUGACCGUCCUGGUGACAUUCAUGGUGUGUUUCAUCCCCAGUAACAUCAUGCUGGUGGUGCAUUACACUCUACUGAAGAAUGGAGUGAAAAAUAACGGUUACGGCUUCUACAUCUCCACAUUAUGCCUGGCCAGUCUCAACAGCUGCCUGGACCCGUUCAUCUACUACUUUGUGUCCGAGGACUUCAGGAACCACGUGAAGAACACUUUUCUGUGCCGCAGCAUCCGGACUGUGAAGAGGAUGAGCAUUUCAUUCAGCUCCGUGAAAUACUCCAGGAAGAGCAAGUCAAGUACGUCAGACACAGGGAACACAAAGCAGCACAUGUUAGCCAGAGAAAGCAGAGAUAUCGUGCCUGUGCUUGCACUGUAGUGUUCAGAUAACAAGGCAUCACACAGGCCGUGUGGCACUCGGACACAUUCUAUAAAGAUAAGGCCGGUCAGUUGCAACCAGUUGGCCUCAAGGCAUCUCAUAUCCAGAUGUGAACAUGACUGUACUGGGAUGAGAGCGGAAUUCAUUUUAAGAUGUGUGUUACUUCAUUAUGAACUGAUGUUUGGUUUUAAAAUGUGAAACAUUUAUGCAUAUUUUUUCAUAUUUCGUGUAUAUGUAAAGGUAGAAAGGGCCUUUUUAAGGCCUGACUUGGCUGCACAGAUAAAUGUGGGUUUUCUAAGAUUUUCACUGCACUGAAGAAUAUUUACAAACAAUGUCUGAAAUGAGAGCCAAACUGAACUGAUUUGUGCAGCGGAUCUGUUGUGACUUAGUUUAUGUCAGUCGGACUUUGUUCAAAUCGUUUAGCACAAUUCCUGCAGCAAGUUUUAACGUAACUUUAACUUUUUAAACCACGUGUUGCUGAGGUGUUGAUCUUAUUUUAAGUUUUAAUGCGCCAAAGAAAAUGGUGUAAUUGUUGUAUAGUUUCUUAAAUAAAUGAUAAAACAACAGGA